UCCUGCGCUGAUCCCUCCCCGCAUGUGACUGGCACUUCCUGUGUUCCAAGCCUCGUUUCCAGCCAUGUGCUCUGUCUCUCAUCUCCCCGGUGAUUGCUGCCAGUGACUGGCUCCUCUGCUGCAACUACUGUGCAGUGAGGACAGAGAGGAAAUCACAGGAGGGUGAUACCUGUCCUGUAUAAAUCACUGAGGAUGGACACGGACAGGAGCCCUGUGACUGAGAGGAUAUUACAUCUCACCCUGGAGAUCAUCUACCUGCUGACUGGGGAGGGUUACACAGUGGUGAAGAAGACAUCCAGUGACUGUGUGACACCCAACAGCUGUCCCCGGGUGUCAGGAAUACUGAGCAGGACCCACAGCCCAAUCACGGUGCCUCAACCUCACUCACUGAUACAUGAGAGGCACAAUGACCAGAAGAUCCUGGAACUCACCAACAAGAUCAUUCAGCUGCCUGCUGGAGAGGUUCCUAUAAGAUGUCAGGAUGUCACCGUCUGUUUCUCCAUGGAGGAGGGGGAGUAUAUAGAGGAACACAGGGGUCUGUACAAGGACAUGAUGAUGGAGAAUCUUCGGCCCCUCACAUCACUGGAUGGACCCAAUAACAGAGUUACCCCAGAGAGAUGUCCCCUUCCUCUGUAUUCCCAGGAUUGUACACAGGAGAAUCACAGGAUCCCACAGGAGUAUCAGGGUGACAAUGUGACUGAUAUUAAGACAGAAGAUAUAGAGGAAGAAGAAGAGACGUAUGUGACUGAUAUUAAGACAGAAGAUAUAGAGGGAGAAGAAGAGACGUAUGUGACUGAUAAUAAGGCAGAAGAUAUAGAGGAAGAAGAAGAGACGUAUGUGACUGAUAAUAAGGCAGAAGAUAUAGAGGGAGAAGAAGAGACGUAUGUGACUGAUAAUAAGGCAGAAGAUAUAGAGGGAGAAGAAGAGACGUAUGUGACUGAUAAUAAGGCAGAAGAUACAGAGGAAGAAGAAGAGACGUAUGUGACUGAUAAUAAGGCAGAAGAUAUAGAGGGUGAAGAACAGACGUAUGUGACUGAUAAUAAGGCAGAAGAUACAGAGGAAGAAGAACAGACGUAUGUGACUGAUAAUAAGGCAGAAGAUAUAGAGGAAGAAGAACAGACGUAUGUGACUGAUAAUAAGGCAGAAGAUACAGAGGGAGAAGAACAGACGUAUGUGCGAGGUGAUCAGAAGUGUAUGGAGGAGGAAAUCCCUACAGGUAACAGCACAGAUGGAUGUAGCAGCCGGAAUGUGUCAGAGGAUCAUCUCGUUUUAACUGAAAAUUGUGACAUAGAUGAUGAUGACAUCACACGAGAUUCUCCUGGAGAAAACCCAAUCACGCCAAUUAUACAUCCAUUACCUCACCAUACUGAUAUAUCAUCUGAUCUCUCUGGUCAUGAGGAAUAUUCUGAUAAUGCUGAGAUUGCUACAUCUGUUACAUCUCUUACAGUAGAUACAAUGUUUUCCUGUUCUAUAGAUACACAGAACACAAAGUGUAUUACCCAUCAGCCAGCUAAGGAACAUGAGAGGCAAUUUCCGUGUUCUGAGUGUGGAAAAUAUUUUAGAUAUAUAUCACAAUUAAUUAUACAUCAGAGAAGUCACACAGGUGAGAGGCCAUUUUCAUGUUACAAGUGUGGCAAAUAUUUUACACGUAAAUCAAGUUUAAUUAGUCAUGAGAGAUAUCACACAGGUGAAAAACCAUUUCCAUGUUCUGAGUGUGGGAAAUGUUUUACAAAAAAAUCAAAUCUUGUCACACAUCUGAGACAUCACACUGGUGAGAAGCCAUUUCCAUGUUCUGAGUGUGGGAAAUGUUUUACAGGUAAAUCAAAUCUUGUCGCACAUCUGAGACAGCACACUGGUGAGAAGCCAUUUCCAUGCUCUGAGUGUGGGAAAUGUUUUACAGAUAAAUCAAGUCUUGUCGCACAUCUGAGACAUCACACUGGCGAGAAGCCAUUUCCAUGCUCUCAGUGUGGGAAAUGUUUUACAGAUAAAUCAAAUCUUGCCGCACAUCUGAGACGUCACACUGGCGAGAAGCCAUUUCCAUGUUCUCAGUGUGGGAAAUGUUUUACAGAUAAAUCAAGUCUUGUCUCACAUCUGAGACGUCACAUUGGCGAGAAGCCAUUUCCAUGUUCUGAAUGUGGCAAAUGUUUUACACUGAAAUCAGCUCUUGUUAUACAUCAGAGAAGUCACACAGGUGAGAGGCCAUUUUCAUGUUACAAGUGUGGUAAAUGUUUUACACAUAAAUCAAGUUUAAUUAGUCAUGAGAGAUGUCACACAGGUGAAAAACCAUUUGCAUGUUCUGAGUGUGGGAAAUGUUUUACACAUAAAUCACAUCUUGUUACACAUCAGCGAAAACACCGGUGAGAGGCCAUUUCCGUGCCCUGAGUAAGUGGAUUUACUCAGGUGAUACUUUGUGUAUUUGCACGUGAGAAUACUUUAUCCAAUUAAUAAACCUCAGCAUAUUA